CAUAAGCCAUGCCUUUGCGAAUUCUAUGUGCAAAUGUGCAUCACUUCCAUUCACUCGCGGAAGCUACUGAACGAGCGGUGCAUGAUCCGAUGAAUCUGAAUCAACAUGUCUUAUCACUCCUUGCAAAAAGCAACCAUCUUGGUCAUCUCAAGCAACUCCAAGGCUACCUCACCGCCCUCGGCCAUGCCCAAACCCAGUUCUACGCUUUUAAGCUCGUCCGCUUCUGUACUCUCACUCUUUUCAAUCUCCAUUACGCUCGCGUUAUCUUCAACCACCUCAAAUCACCCAACAUUUUUCUCUACACAGGCAUGAUCACCGCUUAUGCCUCUCAACCUGAUCACGUCUCCGCCUUCCUGUUGUUCCGCGACAUGGUUCGCCGAAGAAAUCCCGAACCCAACCAGUUUAUCUACCCUCACGUUUUGAAGUCAUGCCCUGAGGUUUUGGGAUCGAAUGGCACCGGUUUGGUUCAUGCCCAGGUUUUGAAAUCGGGUUUUGAGCAAUAUCCCGUUGUGCAAACGUCUCUCGUGGAUUCUUACUCGAGGAUUUUGGGCAAUGUGGGGAAAGCUAGGAAGGUUUUUGAUGAAAUGUGUGAGAGAAAUAUUGUGUCUUGGACGGCCAUGGUUUGUGGGUAUGCGAGGAUGGGGGAUAUUGAGAAUGCCAUGAAGUUGUUCGAUGAAAUGCCUGAGAGAGACGUCCCCUCUUGGAAUGCUAUCAUUGCGGGAUGCACUCAGAAUGGGUUUUUCUCCGAGGCAAUUAGACUGUUUAGAAAAAUGGUUAUUCUUGCCAUGGAGAAACAGUUGCAAUUUCGAUAUAUGAAGCCAAACCAAGUUACAGUUGUCUGCGCGCUUUCUGCAUGUAGCCACACUGGGAUGCUUCGGCUUGGAAAGUGGAUACAUGGUUACUUAUACAAAAACGGGUUUGUUCUUGACUCGUUUACAUCAAAUGCUCUUGUGGAUAUGUAUGGCAAAUGUGGAAACCUUGAACAGGCACGAAAGGUUUUUGAGAUGAAUCAAGAAAAAGGCUUAACAUCAUGGAAUUCAAUUAUCAAUUCUUUUGCGCUUCAUGGGCACAGUGAUUGCGCAAUUGCCAUGUUUGAGCACAUGAUGGAGUGUUGUGAGGGUAUAAGACCUGAUGAGGUCACCUUCAUUGGUUUGUUAAAUGCCUGUACUCAUGGAGGAUUAGUUGAAAAAGGUUUUUAUUUUGAAAUGAUGGUGCAAAAAUUCAACAUAGAGCCACGGAUUGAACACUACGGAUGCUUGAUAGAUCUUCUUGGUCGAGCAGGCCGAUUUGAUGAGGCAAUGGAAGUUAUGAGGGGCAUGAGCAUGGAACCUGAUGAGGUUGUUUGGGGUUCUUUGCUUAAUGGCUUCAAAAUUCAUGGCCGUACAGAUUUGGCAGAAUUGGCAGCCAAGUUAAUUGAAAUUAAUCCAAACAAUGGAGGUUAUGGCACAGUGCUGGCUAACAUAUAUGAGGAGUUAGGAAAGUGGGAUGAAGCUAGGAAGGUAUGGAGAACAUUGAAGGAGCAAAAUUCUUAUAAAAUCCCAGGCUGUAGCUGGAUUGAGGUUGAUGAUCAAGUUUGUCAGUUCUACUCUGUUGAUAAAUCAAAUCCAAGAACAGAAGAAAUAUGUAGUAUUUUGGAAAGCCUCACUGGUUUUAGAAAUGAAGUCAUCGUUGAUCUUGAUCCCCUCACGCUUUAGAAAUCCACCUUGCCAGAUUUGUAGUACGUAAACAAAGAAGAGAGGAAGGCAUCAAAAUCAUAUCUGCCUCUUUAAUGGUUCUGCCUGCACAGAUGGCGAUCAAGGAAGGGUUUUGGACUUUGAAAAACUCAACCUUGAAGCUUUCAAACAAGUUUUUGAGAUCUCUGGUGAUAAAUGAAGAGCCAAAAAAGUGAGGAGAGAUAAGCAGGGAGAUUAUUGAUGUCGUACCUGCAAUGGUGGUAUAAAAGGAAAAGGAAGUGUGAAUCGAAACUCAAAACUAAUCACAUUAGGCAACACAAAGCUUGCUGAUGAUUUUGUUUUUUGGGGGUGAAUAGGAUAAAAAUCAGAUAGGAUUGGAAUACAGUCACAGCCAAAAAUUUCAAUGGAUUGGUUCUUUUGUAGUUUUGAAGAUCGAUCGGACUAGAAUGGAAGUGAAAGGAAUAAGAAAUUUGGGUCGUAGGUUUGCAAAUCUUGAAUUGUGGUCCUGCCCCAUGAUUAAGCCUAAGAUACCUCAUCCAUUCAAGUCGCAUGCCCACAUAACAAGACAAGACUCAAGAUUCAGUAUUCUUGUAGCUCUGGCCACAAUCACGAUGCCAGAAUCCAGACUAGGUUUUUUUACAUGCUCAGCUUUCUAAUGCAACGCGAGUACAGAAAAUACUCAGACCUCAGAGAGAUAAUCAUGAUCAAUGGUAGAGUUGAGGACUUGAUUCGAAGAUUAGCUUCCACUGCUUUGCUUUGAGGAUCAGGAUACUCUCGUCAUGUACGGGAUGUCAAAUAGAAUUAACAUUCUCUGUGCUAUAGCUCUUGAAAUUUCUUGGAGCUAACUUUUAGAUUGUUCAAUUGUAUGAUGUUGGAAUUCGUUGAAAGCCAAUGUAAAUAUGUUCAACCGCAGUUUAAGGGAAUAGUUUGUAGAUGA